AUGAUCUUCCCUGACUCCUCCCUCGCCUCGCUCCCACGCCCCACCUCAGACCAUCAUCCUCUGCUUGUCACGGCUUCUACCACUAUCCCCAACCUCUCGCACUUUCGCUUUGAGAACUCCUGGCUCCUUGAUCCUAUUUUUCUCCCCACCACCCUUGCCCACUGGACCAAUGGGUUGCCAGCCCGCGAUGCUGCUCUCGACCUUGCCGCCAACAUCAAGCGGUUCCGGUCUGCCGCCAAGGUUUGGAAAAAGGAGCACCGUUUCAUCCCACGCCUUGAUAAUAACUGCCCAUUUAUAAUCUCGCUAAUGGAUUUCCAUGAGGAAUCUCGUGUGCUGACAGGUGCUAAAGUGGCUUUGCGCGAAGAGGCCCGAGAUCACCUUGCCUUGUCUGUGUGCCGUGCGGCCGCACAUUGGAAGCAAAGGGGGAAAUUUAGAGCUAUCAAAGAGGGGGAUGAGAACACCCGCUACUUCCAUGCCAGAGCCUCGCAGCGGUUCAGGCGAAAUCAGAUCCGCGAGCUGGAGGUUGACGGCGAAGUCAUUGUUGAUCAUACUGCGAAGGCGGGUGCUCUUCAUAGCUUCUACUCCAACCUGUUGGGCCGCGCCCGCCCCGCAUGCUGGGCCUUCGACCUUGACCGCCUCUACCAUGGUGCCAAGGUGGUGGAUGGGUCGGCCCUCACGGCACCUUUCGAACUGAAGGAGAUCAAGGCUGCUAUCGAUGGGAUGGAUCGGACCAGCGCCCCUGGGCCGGACGGCCUCGGCCCAAGUUUCUACAGAGCUGCGUGGCCCACGGUUCAAACUGGUAUGCUGCGUCUGUUUGGCGCCGUCCAUGCUCGGAACGCAAACCUGGGCGCGAUCAAUCGUGCGCAUGUGGUGUUGCUGCCCAAGGCUGAUGGUAUCCUUGCACCUGGGUCCUUCAGACCUGUCUCGCUGCAAAACUCCUCCAUCAAGACGGUUUGCAAGGCUCUUACCAGUAGGCUCCAAUCUCAGAUUGGAUCGCUUGUGGAUGAAAAUCAGUCGGGUUUUCUGUCUGGAAGAAGCAUCUCUGAAAACUUUGUUUUUGCUACGGAGCUGGUCCAGUGCUGCUUCAAGCGUUUAGCUCCCUCUUUGGUCCUCAAGCUGGAUUUCUCUAAGGCUUUCGAUUCAAUUGAUUGGGAGAGUCUCCGAGCGAUUAUGUUGGCGCGUGGUUUUCCCCCGUCUGGUGUGAUUGGAUGGACAUGA